AUGCCUCUCGAGCAUUUAAAAUUCCGAGCUUCCAAGGCUCGACGGCGUCAAACCGAGCAGCCGGCCCGUAUCCUCCUUCCAAGUCAGCCUUCUGCCGCCGAGCGCGAGGCGUCGACGACGGAUUCGACUCCUCUUCACGCGGAUACGCUGAUCAACUGA